AUGCCAUUCGUGAAGGUUGUGAAGAACAAGGCGUACUUCAAGCGCUUCCAGGUGAAGUACCGCCGCCGCCGCGAGGGCAAGACGGACUACCAGGCGCGGCGCCAGAUGGUGCUGCAGGACAAGACCAAGUUCGGGACGCCCAAGUACCGCCUGGUGGUGCGCAUCACGAACCGCGACAUCAUUGCGCAGGUUGUGCUCGCGAAGGUUGUGGGCGACGAGGUUGUGAUGGCGGCGUACUCGCACGAGCUCCCGCAGUUCGGGAUCGAGCACGGCCUGACGAACUACGCGGCGGCGUACGCGACCGGCCUGCUGCUGGCGCGCCGCAUGCUGACGAAGCUCGGCCUCGCCGGCAAGUUCGAGGGGGCGAAGGAGGCGGACGGCUCCUACUCGGCGGUGCGGACGAAGUCCGACGACCAGGGCGACGACGAGGCGCGCUUCCCCUUUAAGGCGAUCCUCGACGUCGGCCUUGCCCGCACGACGACCGGCGCCCGCGUC